GGGCUUCCCUGCUCCCGCCGCCCCUUCUUGCACCUGAGAAGGAACCGAGCACCGAAAAGAAGGCGGGAUUCGUGUGUCCUAAAACUAAGCAAAAUUGUGCAGCUGCUUUUCUACCCGGGGCGGGGGAAUUUCUCUCCCUCCUCCGCCCGCCCCGCUUCCCCCGUCUUCCUUCUUCCCCGCGCAUACCGCUGCAUGUGAAGCGCAGCCCCCUCCUCCGUAGGGAGGGAAGAAGCGCAGGAGGGGGCAGCAGAGCAGGAUGUGAUCUUCAUGGUGUCGUGUUGGAAUCUUGAGGUUUUAAUCUGAGUCACCCCAAUGGAUGCGGAGAGUGAUGUUGCCUUGGACAUUUUAAUCACAAAUGUAGUCUGUGUCUUCCGAACAAGAUGUCAUUUAAACUUGCGAAAGAUUGCGUUAGAGGGAGCAAAUGUAAUAUACAAGCGUGAUGUUGGGAAAGUAUUAAUGAAGCUUCGGAAACCAAGGAUUACAGCAACAAUUUGGUCCUCAGGAAAAGUAAUUUGCACAGGAGCUACAAGUGAAGAAGAAGCUAAAUUUGGUGCCAGACGAUUAGCUCGUAGUCUGCAGAAACUAGGUUUUCAGGUGAUUUUUACAGAUUUUAAAGUUGUCAAUGUUUUAGCAGUAUGCAAUAUGCCCUUUGAAAUCAGAUUGCCGGAAUUCACAAAAAGCAACAGACCCCAUGCCAGUUAUGAACCGGAGCUUCAUCCUGCAGUGUGCUACAGAAUAAAAUCUCUCAGAGCUACUUUACAGAUUUUUUCAACAGGAAGUAUCACAGUUACAGGGCCAAACGUAAAGGCUGUUGCCACUGCAGUGGAACAAAUUUAUCCAUUUGUAUUUGAAAGCAGGAAAGAAAUUUUAUAAGUUGCCACUUCACGGUUAGGCGACCUAACCAAGCACCUUUUAUAAGACUGCUGCGCAUUGGACUAAUAGCAAAAAAAAAGAAGAAGGUGGGGAAGAAAAGGACAACUGGACCAACACAGCUGAGGAGGUGCAAACUCUUGGCCGCGGUGAUAAACUCCAGUCCCUUUUGGAUUUUAUUUGGAACAGUGCUGUAUUGUAAAAACAAACGUUUACAAGAUACGAAAUUGCUGCUUUUUACAAGACAUUCUAUUUAUUUCUGCAGUAAUUUCUGUGUGUUCAUAAGCAGAUUUGUCAUGAUAUGCACUAAAUUUGAAAACACUUCUAUAGGUUGAGCUUGUGUUUUUAUUUGUGAAUAUUCUUUACAUUUUUGUACGCUGACUGUUGGGCACCAAAGAAGCUGUAGACGUUACCCUUUUUCACCUGAUAAAACGUGCACAAAUAAAAGUCUGCAAAACUUUUCUUUA